CGGACAUUCAAACAUGUAUUGAUAAAGUGAGACCCGUAAGAUUUGGAGAGCAUUUGGUAGUUACUGCGUAUAGUUCAGGUUAUUGUCUUGGUGCCGCUAAUUGGUUGAUCGAUUGUGGUGGAGAAAAGAUAAUAACAUCAUCUUCUACGAUACCGAUACAUCCUUUGCCAUUAGAUGAAGCAGCAUUUAAUGAUGUUGACAUUGUUAUCCUUAGCGACUUGCGUGAUGGGGAUAGCUCUAUAUUUGAAAACAUUCUUAUGGAAAUUGGUCAACACUAA